AACAAAGUAGUCGUGUGUGAGUGAGCGAGCGGUUGGCGGCGGGUACAUUUAAUAACCUCAGCUUCAAAACGCUUUGUACACCAUCGAUCGAGUCGAUUGGAAAUUUAAAGCGCGUGUGACGUAAAAAUCGCAAGAAAUUUUAAGAAAAGUUGAAACCAAAUUAUUAAUCGCGUGUGCUCGCUGCAGGAAGUCAAAGCAAUAAAAUUCACGGGUUCAUCUUGCCAUUCGGAUUCCAGGCAGUCCAAAGCUCAAUUUUUCAUUUGCAGCCAGAAGAGAAAAUUAAGUGACUUGACGUUGUUGUGAGCAAUAACUUUUACGAGUAUUUUACGAUUGCAGAGGAAAAUGCAAAAAAGGUUGAAUAAAAUUUAAAACCAAAUAAAGUGAUUGUGCAAGCUGCAACUAUAUUACAAUAGUAAUAACAACAAUAACAAGGGACAGUGUAAUUUUCUUAAACAUAGAGCAAGCAAAACAAAGAAAAUUCGCAGAAAAAUUGUGAAAUCUGGUAUUUUGCGAAAUUUUUUGAAAAAGAAAACGGGCAGAAAACCGCGCUACCUGAGUGCUGAGCAUGCACAUUCCAUAAAAGAGGGUACAUCAACAACCAACAAAUACUGCAAAGGCUACAUUGCGCAGAAAAAAACCUUUAGUACAAAACUAAAUUUGCAUACAUAAAAGACAAACGAAAGCUGUAAAAAUGGCCACAGCCGCUAACACCACCACCACAACCACCGCAACAACAACGAUCGCCGCUCCAACACUUGUCGGCAGCAUUAGUAGCGAAGAUGUGCCCUCAACGCCCACGCUGAAUGAUGAGAAUUUCGACGAAUUCAAUGUUUCUUACAGCGUUUACGUGCAUCCCACAUUAUCAGAGUACUACACGAAUCUCACACCAUUUGUCACACUUUCCAUCUUUGUCUCCAUACUGAUUCUUAUGCUCAACAUUUCCAUUUUCCUCACCACAAUCGCGAAACUGAAACAGCGUUUGCGCAAACCUCUGAUCGGUCCUUCCAUAGCUCUCAUCUCCCUAUAUCCACUUAUCAGCCUUGCGGCAUUGCUCACUCUGCUCUUACCCAAGAUUUGGUUCAGCUGCCACACUGUGAUGCAUCUCUCGUUUACUGUCGGUGGGAUUAUCUUCUAUCAGUUAUGCCUUCAUUAUAUUGGCUCUGAGGUGAGCUUCAUCAAAGAGACAGCGGGUAUGGCUGUGCCGAUUAGAACACCACCAUUGUGUUGUUGUUGUAUGUGCUUGCCAGGCGUGACGCCCACAAAAGGCCGAUUUGUUAUAUUGCGUUGUAUGGUGUAUCAGAUGGUAUUCGUGCAGGGCAGCAUAAUGUUGGUGUUGAAUGGAAUCUACUACAAUGACGUGGAUUUCUUCCAUGAAGUGCAGUCAUACUUCUUACCAUUCAUCAUUUCUUCCAUUAUACUGGGUGUAUGGGGGCUGAAUAUCACGGUGCGUGUUGUGAAUAAUAUCCAUGCGGAUUACAGCACUACGAAAAAAAUGUUUUCACUGCAAUUGAUUUUGUUGCUAUGCAAGAUGCAGUACCUAAUAUUGGACAAACAACUGGAUCGGCUAUUGCUGGGUGGCGAGUAUCCCAUGAAUCACACUAUCUACAAGCAGACAAUCAUUAACUUCUUGGUCCUGGUGGAAAUGGUGUUUGUGUCGCUAUUUGCUCAACACGCCUACAAAAUUCCAAUUCAAAUCGAUGAUAAUUAAAGACAUUCAAUCCAAUUUACUUAAUAAUUAGAACCAAGUACUUAAGUGCCGUACUUAAAUGUUUACCAUGCAUCACACUUAGUUAGUUAGCUUGCUUCAAAAGUAAUCUAUGAAAAUCAAAUAUUGUUAUAAACAUUCAAAGUUUAGGUCCUAAGGUUUAUUGUAUAAAAUAUGUGUUUUUAUUUAGUGAAUCGAUAGAGGCCAGGAAACCUAAAACUUUAAUUUUAGCGCGAAUUUGUUUUAUAAUAUUAAAUUUUACACAACUAUUAUUUUCUAUCGAAAUAGAAUGAAGAAAAUUGUGAUAAGCACUUGCAAUAGAUUAGACAAAUAGGUUUAGCAGUAAUUUAGAAAUUUCAAUACUUCAUAGAAAAAAUAAAAAGAAAUGUAUAAAAAAUAAAUAAAUCACUUUUUCACAAUUCUAAAUUUUCAGUGAAAUGGA